AUGCAGUCAGUGCCUCUGUACAAAAGGACCACAGAGAGAAGCUAUGCAGCAGCUCUGAAGGUAUCACAUGGAUUCCUUCACAACUUGAAGAAAAAGGGCAGACUUAGAACACAUUCAGCAGCCAACCAUCCAACACUCACACCAAAUCACAAAGUGGCAAGACUCAAGUGGGCAUUAGCCCAUAUUCACCCAAUCCCACAAGUUGGAAAUCCAACUUUCAUUGAUAUGCAACAAGUCAUUCACAUAGAUGAGAAAUGGUUCUACAUGAACCCAGAGACAAGGCAGUUCUACCUCUUGCCAAAGGAAGAAAACCCAUACAUGUGUCAACAAUCCAAAAGGUACAAAAUUAAAGCAAUGUUCAUGGCAAUGAUUGGGAAGCCCCUAUAUGACUUAACUGGGAACAUGCUACAUGAUGGUAAGUAUGGAAUUUUUCCAUUCACCUACCAGCAAUUGGCCAAGAAGAAAAGAAAGAACAGAGAUGCAGGGACUCUUGAAACAAAGGCUGUGCAGAGUGUAACCAGAGAAGAAAUCAGAAAAAUACCACAUCAAAUUCCAAGGGAUGAAGAGUUCAAGGCAGCAUGUACAACACAUGGGUUCAACAUACAACUGGUUUUCCAACCUGCACAAUCUCCAGAUCUUAAUGUACUGGAUCUUGGAUUGUUCAAGGUCAUACAAUCCUUGCAAUACCAAUCAUUUCCAAAAAAGAUUGAAGAGUUAAUAGAAAAGGUGUAUGAGGCCUAUGAAUGGUUUGAUCCAAUACUCAACAAGUAUACAUGGAUCACUUUGCAAAGUGUUAUGAAAAUGAUUUUAGAAAAAGAAGGUGGGAAUAAUUUCAAUCUGCCUCACAUGGGGAUGAAAAAGUUGGACAGUUUAGGCCUACUGCUAGAAUUUCUAGAAGUUGAGAAGGAACUCAUUGAAGAAGCAGUUCAACACCUCAACACACUUCUCAUUCCUAUUCAUCAACAACAUGAAGAGUACUUGGAUACAGAGGUUGAUGCAGACUAG